CAAAAGUUACUAUACCAUUUUUGCGUUUGUUUAUAACCUUUAAAAGGGAAAAAAAUAAACAUUUUUUGUCUAGAACUGUGUCUAGAACGAAUAGUUAAAAAUGGAAAAUGAAAAUUCCGUCAUUUACGGGUUAGAAUUUCAGGCGCGAGCCUUGGCCCCUCAAAACGCAGAGAUUGAAAAAAUUUGUUUUCUUAUUGGGACCCAAUCUCUCAAGCAAGCCACGAAUCAGAUACAUUUAGUCGAGUUUAAUGACGAGGAUUCAACUCUCAAAACUUCAGUAUUCAACCACCCUGAAGGGGAAAUUUGGAAACUAAACUCAAGCCCCUUGGACGAAACCAAAUUGGUCACUUGUUACAAUUCUGUUACAAAUGAAAAUUCGUGUUGCAUGAAAACAGCACUGUAUAAGUUACCACAAACUGAGAAUCCUGAUACUGUUGAAAGUUUACCAAUUGUGACCAGUUUUGAUACUAGUGCACUUGGAAAUGAGGUAAAAACGACGGAAUUUCAUCCAGUCGAGGCCGAAAAGGUUGCCUCAGUUUUGGAAAGUCAAGUAGUGCUUUGGGAUGUCUCAGGCGAGAAGGCUAGAAGUAUUUUAAAAGUGCAAUUAAAUGGUAAGAAUAACCCGAAGUUUACCACAGGAAAGUGGAACCCUCACCAAAGUUGCAAUCAGUUUACAACUGCUGUGGAAACACACCUGAAGACAUAUGAUGUGAGGUCUGGAGAGUUGGCUUGGGGCAUCGACAACGUCCACAGCCAACUAUUAAGAGACUUAGAUUUCAACAUGAACAAACAGUAUCAUGUUGCCACUUGUGGGGACGACGGUUUCAUCAAAAUUUGGGACUUUAGACAAACUGGACAACCAGUGUAUUCCAGAAGUGAUCAUUCCCAUUGGGUUUGGUGCAUUCGCUUCAACCCAUUCCAUGAUCAACUCUUGCUAUCUGCAAGCUCAGAUGCUCGAGUUUUAGUUUCUAGUGCUGCAAGUGUUAGUUCAGAAAACAACAAUGACUGCAUGCAAGAUGAAACAGAAGCAAAGCAAAUGAUUUCAGAUGGGCCUUUACAGUGGUGUGAACACGAAGACAGUGUCUACUGCGCCGAGUGGUCCCUUGCAGAACCGUGGGUGUUCGCAUCGUUGAGCUACGACGGACGACUGCUCAUUUCACGAGUGAAGAAAUCGUUAAAAUACCAAAUUAUGCUUUAAUUGUUCAAUAAAUAAAUCAGUUAUUUAAAAUUC